UAAUAAUUAGAAGAUUUUUUAAGGUGAGUGCGAGAAUAUAGUAGAAGAGCUGGUAUAACCAGUGGAAAUCUAAUGUUUGAUUUAGGAAUGGCAAGCUGGAUUAAGAGAAAGUUAGGAAAAUCAGAAAAAUCAGAUAUCAACAGAGAUAGUCUGAUUCAAAGAAUUACAGGAUUAAAGCUCGAAGAGCUGAAAAUAUCUAAUUUGGAGAUGAAAAACACCAACCAAAUGAUUUUCAUGAAACAGUCACUUGAUGAUUCUAGAAAUCAGAAAUUACCAGAUCUUCCAGUUUUACAAGUAGAUCUCAAGAUCGGAGCUGAGCUAUGUCAAGAGGCUAUUUCUAAGGUAAGACCUCGUGGUAGAGCUUCAAGUGUAGCAAGACCUACCUUGACAAGCAUCCCGAAGCCUCAAUAUCAUGAAUCAAUGAGAACUGCUAUGAUAUUUCCUCUAUAACUUACAGUUUAUCAUG